AUGUUGCUCUCAUCCGUCUUGGCUCUCACAGCCACCCUCGCCGCCGCUCCGGCGUCGGCCCUCGACCCGGCGAAGCCGAUGGCGGCCGGCCUGGUCAUGAACGCCCUGGACCCCCGAGUCCUCCCCAACUCCCCUUCGGGCGGCUACGCCCCGGCCAUCGUCGACUGCCCGGCCUCCCGUCCCACGAUCCGGUCCGCCGCCUCGCUCUCGCCAAACGAGACCUCAUGGCUGCCUCUCCGCCGCAACGCCACCAUCCAACCCAUGCGCGAGCUCCUCACCCGCCUGAACAUCCCCAACUUCGACGCCGGAGCCUACAUCGACCGCGUCCGCUCCUCCCCCUCUCAGCUCCCUAACAUCGGCCUCGCCGUCUCCGGAGGCGGCUACCGCGCCCUCAUGAACGGCGCCGGCUUCCUCGCGGCCGCGGACUCCCGCACCCCCAACUCCACGUCAGCCGGCGGCAUCGGCGGCCUCCUCCAGUCCGCGACCUACCUCGCCGGCCUCUCCGGCGGCGGCUGGCUCGUCGGCUCCCUCUACUCGAACAACUUCUCCACCGUCGUCGACCUCCAGCGCGGCUCCAAGGGCUCCUCCGUCUGGAAGUUCGACCGCUCCAUCUUCCAGGGCCCCAAGGACUCGGGCAUCUCCAUCAUCAACACCGCCGAGUACUGGAACGACGUCGCCAAGCAGGUCGACACCAAAGACAAGGGCUUCGAGGUCUCCAUCACCGACUACUGGGGCCGCGCCCUCUCCUACCAGCUCAUCAACGCCACCGACGGCGGCCCCAGCUACACCUUCUCCUCCAUCGCCGACAGCUCCGACUUCCAGGCCGGCGCCCAGCCCCUCCCCAUCCUCGUCGCCGACGGCCGCGCCCCCGGCGAGCGCAUCAUCUCCCUCAACGCCACCGUCUACGAGUUCAACCCCUUCGAGCUCGGCACCUGGGACCCCACCGCCUUCGGCUUCGCCCCGCUCCCCUACCUCGCCUCCAACUUCUCCGCCGGCGCCGUCCCCGCCAACGGCUCCUGCGUCCGCGGCUUCGACCAGGCCGGCUUCGUCAUGGGCACCUCCUCCUCCCUCUUCAACCAGUUCAUGCUCCAGAACCUCACCUCCACCGGCCUGCCCGGCUUCAUCCAGGACGCCCUCACCUCCAUCCUCAACGCCCUCGACCGCGACAACAACGACAUCGCCCAGUACGUCCCCAACCCCUUCUUCGGCUGGAACCCGUCCACCAACGUCAACGCCGGGGACCGCCAGCUCUCCCUCGUCGACGGCGGCGAGGACCUCCAGAACAUCCCCCUCCACCCCCUCAUCCAGCCCUCCCGCGCCCUCGACGUCGUCUUCGCCGUCGACUCCUCCGCCGACACGAACUUCAACUGGCCCAACGGCACCGCCCUCCGCGCCACCUACGACCGCGUCGCCGAGCCCAUCGCCAACGGCACCCUCUUCCCCCCGGUCCCGGACGCCAACACCUUCAUCAACCUCGGCCUCAACAAGCGCCCCACCUUCUUCGGCUGCGACGUCUCCAACUUCACCCUCCGGACCUCCCAGCGCGUCCCGCCCCUGAUCGUCUACCUCCCCAACGCCCCCUACGUCGCCCACUCCAACGUCUCCACCUUCGACCCGGACUACGAGACCGCCCAGCGCGACGCCAUCAUCCAGAACGGCUACGACUCGGCCACCCAGGGCAACGCCACCCUCGACGCCCAGUGGCCCGCCUGCGUCGCCUGCGCCAUCCUCUCCCGCGGCAUGGCCCGCAACCGCGAGACCGUCCCCGCCGCCUGCGGCACCUGCUUCCAGAAGUACUGCUGGAACGGCACCCUCGACACCCGCCAGGCCGACUACGAGCCGACCUUCAUCAUCGGCAACAUCGAGGCCAACAGCCCGGCCGCGAAGCCGAGCGGCAGCUUCUGGGCCGGUCUCGUCAGCGCGGCGGCCGCCAUGAUCUUGGCCAUCUAA